CGAUGCUGGGCGCGCAGAGGCUGUUUGUUGCUUCUGCACACGCCGUGCGGCAGUCCGUGGGGCUUAACCGCGCACAAUGGCGCAGUGUACAGCGCCAAUGGCAACGACAAUUGUCACUCGAAUCCCGCCGACCACGCCAGUCACCCCGAAUCACACAGCACAUCCGGUCGCAACGGCGAUAUGAGUCCACCGGCUCGCAGGCGAAACAGGCUGCUGAAGCCACGGCUUCUCAGGCAAAAGCGCAAGCAAUCAAAGCGGGAGCUGCUACAGCCUAUACCGGUUCUCGGUUCAUUGCAUAUGUCUAUGGCACCGGUCUGGUUCUGCUGCUGAGUUUUGGCUACCUCUACGCGACUGAUACGCGCGCAAGCAUCCACCAAUUUCUCGUGACUCCGCUCGUACGCAUCAUACACUCCGAUGCAGAGGAAGCGCACCAUGCUGGUGUUCGCUAUAUCAAGGCUCUCCACGACUUCGGGCUAGCCCCUAGAGAACGAGGGAAUGCGGACAAGGCACUGGGCGACUUGAAAAUUGAGGUCUUCGGGCACAUGCUGGAUAACCCAGUUGGAACCUCGGCAGGCAUAGACAAGGAUGCCGAGAUCCCUUCCGCUUUGUUCGCGUUGGGGCCUGCGAUUGUUGAGGUCGGAGGCGCGACACCUCUUCCUCAGGAAGGAAACCCGAAGCCUCGAGUGUUUCGGAUACCGAGCCAGAAUGCCCUGAUAAAUAGAUAUGGAUUGAAUUCGCAGGGCGCCGAGCAUGUUGCUAUGCAAUUACGGGAACGAGUGAGGCAGUACGCUUACGAGAAUGGACUGGGCUUGGAGGCAGAGUCAGAACGUAGGAUUCUCGAUGGCGAAGCGGGUGUUCCUCCUGGAAGUCUGAUCGAUGGCAAGCUACUUGCUGUGCAAGUAGCCAAGAACAAGACCACUCCGGACAACGACAUAGCCGCCAUCGCUGCAGAUUAUGUAUUUUGUGUGGAGCACCUCGCAAAGUAUGCGGAUAUCUUGGUCGUCAAUGUCUCGUCGCCCAAUACCCCAGGUCUGCGCGAUCUGCAAGCGACGAAGCCGUUGACAAAAAUCCUGUCCUCUGUUGUGGAGGCAGCGAAGUCUGUCGACCGAAAGACAAAACCGGCAGUCAUGGUGAAGGUCUCGCCGGAUGAAGACUCGGAUGAACAAAUAGAGGGCAUAUGCACCGCGAUUUGGUCCUCCGGUGUUGAUGGCGUCAUUGUGGGUAACACGACGAAGAAGCGACCUGAUCCGAUUCCAAAAGGCUACAUUCUGCCUGCGAACGACGUUAAGACGCUCUCUGAGGUUGGAGGAUAUUCCGGACCGCAGAUGUUCGAACGAACGCUGAGUCUAGUGAAGCGAUACCGGUUGAAGCUCGACCAAGGACCCUCCCGGGAGCGCCCCAGCAAUACGCAGAACGUGGUACAAAGUCCUCUGGAACCUCUAGAGCGUGGGCUGACUGGUGAUGCAACACCAGAGAACGCCCAAAAGCAUGCAUCUCAGGAUAGCAUCGAACGUGAUCAGCAACGGCUCAAGCCUCUGACAGACGAAGCCGAGGCUGCAAGCAAGCGUCCGUUGAUACAACUUCCCGCGCGACAUACAUCCGAAGAACUCGUUGCAGCGAAGCACGUCGGCCAAGCCAAGGAGCGAGCUCCCAUAUACCCUGAUGACGCUGCAGCUCCACAGAACGCAGUUCAAACGGGUAAGGCAAGCUCCCCCCGAGAGGCCGCCGAGGGUGCGGUCCAAAAAGUGAUCUCCGUCGGCGAUGCGUCUGCGUCUGGCACGAACGCGAAAGCAGAACACGUCAAGUCUGAAGUCCUAGCGACAUCAAGUAAGGCAAAAGCUGUUGCGAAUGAUGCAUCGGACAAGGCGCGAUCAGCAGCAGAGACAGUCAAGGCCAAGGUCAGCUCUUCUACAACAUCACCAAGAGCUACAGCAGAGAAGGUCGCGAACCAGGCAUCUGCCGCUGCCCAAUCUGCGGCAGAAACUGCCAAGGACAGCUUCAACCACAUAACGAGCGACCCCUAUGCUGAAGUGUCGGCUCCACAACUUGCUUCGCGUGGGCCACCGAAGGAGAAGGUUAUAUUCGCAACUGGCGGCAUCACGAAUGGCGAGCAAUGUCUGGAGAUUUUGAAUGCUGGUGCUAGCGUCUGCCAAGUCUACACCGCCAUGAUGUAUGGUGGCGUAGGGACGGUCACGAGGAUUAAGCAGGAGAUGAGACAGGCGAUCAAGAAGAGCAAUGAGCCUCAAGCGUGAAAAGUCUGCUCCCGUUACAGUACCUGGAUGUUUAGGGUGAGCUCUCACACACAGCUGAAGGAAGCCUACCAGAUUCCCCUUGUAUACACAUAGAACAGCAAUAUUCGCAAUUCUGUAGUUUUGGUCGCCUCGGAAGUCCAGGCUUAGUGAAG